AUGUCAUUGGCACAGAGGGCAAAACGCGGUGUACGCAUCAUCGCGCUCCCACUCGCGACGUCCGCAGCGCCGGCGCACAAGGCCUCGCAUCAUCUCACGUACUACCAUUUCUUUACUCCACCCCCACGCGAAAGCGAAGCGCGGAGUUGGAGCAACUUGAUUAUCACGAAAGUAGCACAUCUCCGGGCAGGGCUCGGGAAGGCGCCGGAGGGCAACUGGAAGACUUCCUCCAAGCGGAGAGCGUUCCUCUACGGCGAACGGUUCAUCGACCGCUUAGACUUCGAAGAACUCGCCCUCAAGUCAUUUGACACGUCCCUGGGCCCAAAGCUCCUUCCGCUUGGGCACACCGACAAACUUGAUGCAAAUGGCCAUCCAACUCGUGUACCUCGCCACUGGCGCACCUGCAUGCCCUGCUUGAGAAACGCACUCCCGCGACAUUGGAAUGGCUGUCUCGUUUGGAUCGCCAUCUCCCCGCUCGCUGCUCCCCUCAAGCUCAUCCCCAUAAGUCCGAGGUUUCCGUUUUUCUUCUGUGCAUGGCGCGCGUGGUCUCACUACAGAGCCUUCAAAGCUUCGCAGUACCUCCAAGCCUCCAUCGCCCAGGGCGCCAUCCUCUCGCAGGAGAGCGCCGAGCUUGACACCACAUACCAAGUGUACGCGCCUGCAUCGUUGGACCCUGCUCCUUCGUGCCUCGGUGCUGACCCGUCUUCCAUGCCGUCCGCCUCUCCUCUCUGCGACCAGCGCCCAACACUGUCGAACGCCACGACUAUGGAGCGCGACGCGCGCCCACGCCUCCUGAUUACACGCGCGGCCGUGCCCGCGCUCGAACGGCUCUUCGCACUUCCGCCUGGCUCGAGCUUCGCGUCGGAUGUGUACCGUGCGCUCGAGCAGGCACGACUGCGCCUGCAGGCCAAGCUAUAG